AGGUCUAUGGAUAGGCCACCAAGCGUAUUAGAUCCGGAUGGCCUCGCAUUCCUGGACGCAGACGAAGCCUCUUCCACCCUCCACUUGCACCUUGCCAGCCUAGGUCUGACCCCUCCCUCUGCGAGUACCACCUCCAAAGCCACGGGCGGUCUUCCCAACGUUUCCAGCAAGGGCCGUGGGAGAGGGAAAACAGGCGAGAAGCCUGUGGUCACUGCCAUCGUGGAGGACCCAAAAGCGCCUUUGGUCGGGGACCCUGGAGUGACUUUGCCCGGCGGUCCUGCGGCUACUGAACGAUUUUACAUCACCACUGCCAUCAACUACACGAAUGGGAACCCCCACAUUGGGCACGCGUACGAGGCCGUGACGUCCGAUGUCAUCGCGCGUUAUUAUCGCAUGGUUGGGCAGCAAGUCUUCUUCUUGACCGGCACGGAUGAGCAUGGACAGAAGGUGGCGACCACGGCCGAGGGAAUGGGGAUGAAGCCGAUCGAACUGUGCGACAUGUAUGCGGGAAAGUUUCAGGCCUUGAACCAUUCCCUACGCAUCUCGAACGAUUUCUUCGUGCGGACAACAAUGCCGGAGCAUUACGCCUCGGCGCAGGAGCUCUGGAAUCGUUGCGCAGCGGCAGGUGACAUCUACCUAAGCAAGUAUGAGGGCUGGUACAACGUGCGGGAGGAAACGUUCGUCACGGAGAAUGAAGCCAAGCUCGCCGACUACAAGGACCCGGCCAGUGGUCUUCCCCUUAAAAAAAUGGAAGAAACCAGUUACUUUUUCCGCAUGUCCAAAUACCGAGACGCCCUGAUCCAGCACAUCCAAGCCUCUCCUUCCUUCAUCCUCCCCGACACCCGGCGAAACUCCAUCCUCUCCCGGCUGGAGGAGGAAUUGACAGACCUGUCCAUAUCGCGCACCACCUUUGACUGGGGUAUUCCCGUGCCCGAGAAUUUUGCUCCCGCCCACGUCCUGUACGUCUGGUUCGACGCCCUCUCUAACUACUUGACCGGCAUCCGAUGGCUGGAUCCAGCGGCGCCGACUUUCUGGCCCGCGGACGUGCACGUCAUCGGGAAGGACAUCAUAUGGUUCCAUUGCGUGAUCUGGCCGACGAUUUUGAUGUCGGCGAACCUCCCUUUGCCCACGUCCGUCUUCGCCCACGGCUUCAUCCAUGACCGGGACGGGCGGAAGAUGAGCAAGUCUCUGGGAAACGUUGUGGACCCGCACGAGAUGAUUGCCCGGGUGCCCGUUGAUACCUUCCGGUACUACUUGAGCAAAGACCCCUUCGGGGGCGACGUGAAUUUCUCCCCCGAAGCCAUGCUCCAGGCGCACAACAGCGAACUGGCCGACGUGCUGGGAAAUUUGGUCCAUCGGGCCGUCAAUCUAUGCCAGAAGUUCUGCGACGGGAAGGUUCCGGAGCUGCCCACCUUGCGGACACAUGGGUGGCAGUACCCGCUCCCAAUCGAGCUGGAGGGCCUGCGCGGCCGGGUCGCGGAGGGAAUGCGGGCUUUUGCCUUGAAGGUUUUGGUGGACGAGGCGAUGGGUGGCGUGCGGGACACGAAUAAAUUCUUAACAGAGGCGGAGCCCUGGAAAUUGAAGGGGGAGGAGCAGGCGCCGGCGAGGCAGGAAGUGGUACGCUUGACCUUGGAGGCGGUCUAUGUCCUGGCGCAUUUCCUCGCGCCCGUCAUGCCGUACGCGGCGACGGCCAUCUUCCAAAAGCUAGGGACCCCCCCCCAGCCUCUUCCUACCCUGCGGGCAGACCUCCAGAAUUUGCGGGCAGGGACGAGGGUGGAAGUCGGCGACGUGUUGUUCAUGAGGGAAAGCAUCGCGGGGGGGGCGGAGGCGGUGGAUAACCAGAAAACAGGGGCGAAAGUCGAUGGGAGGACGGAGAAGCAGGGGAAGCCGCAAGGGAAUGCCGGAGGGAGCGAGAAGAAGGAAGGAGGAAACGGAGAGGUCUUGGAGUACCCCGACGACUUCAGCAAAGUGGACAUCCGGGUAGGUUACAUUGUCAAGGUCUGGACCCACGCGGCGGCGGACCGCUUGUUCUGCGAGGAAAUCGACGUAGGGGAAGAGAGGCCCCGGCAAAUCGCUUCCGGCCUCCGAGAGCAUUACCAGCUUUCGGAGAUGGAGGGGCGGAAGGUCUUAGUCGUGUGCAAUUUGAAGGCCGCCAAGAUAGCAGGCUUCGAGUCGCAGGGCAUGGUCCUGGCUGCUUCCUCCCAUGAGAACGGGGGCAAGGUCGUGCUGGUAGAUGCGCCGGCGGAAGCACGUGUGGGUGAGCGCGUGGCGCUUGGGAAUGCCACGUACGACCUGGGGGCUUUCCCGGCCAUGAGUGCCACGCAAUUGAAGAAACGCAAGGCAUGGGAGGCGGUGGCGGCAGGGCUGGAGACCGAUAAGGAGGGUAGCACGUAA